UUCCAGAAAGAUGCCCUGUCCUAGUGAUUGCAACGAAGAAGAAGGGAACUUCGCCGCGCUCGGCUGCAACAUUCCCCAGCGAUGUUCGCGCUGCGCGCUUCAGCUCGAAGAUCCGCCGAUGCCGGUCGGCGGCUCCUCCAAAGCACCCAGGGGGUGCGAGGAAUUCGUAUCGGGAACACGGAGGUUCCUGAUGAUAAGAGGCUGACGUAUUCUCUCCAACGUAUCAAGGGCAUUGGCCGCUCCACCGCUCGCCAAAUACUGUGUGAGCUCCAGAUUGAGAACAAGCCGACCGGGAAAUUGUCGGGGAUAGAGCUCGAGUCGCUUCGCAACGAGGUCCUCAACUACGACAUCGGACAUAAUUUGGACAAAGAGAAUGCCAGUUGCAUUAAGAGACUGGUUGACAUAAAAAGCUACAGGGGAAUCAGGCACAUAGAUGGCUUGCCGUGCAGAGGGCAGCGUACGAGAACGAAUGCCCAUACCAGGAAGAACAGGGGAACUCCUUUUGCUGCAUUUAAGAUGACUUCCCAUAGGUAGUCUGGAGGUGUACCAGAGCUGGAGCUGAACUGGUUUGCUUGCAUUCAUUAGGGAACUGUCCUGAAGUCCGAAUACUUAGGUAACAGGAGUUGAGUUUUUGUCGAGCUAAAGAAAAAGAAAUUACAAGGGUUGGUUUGCUCUGACCAGUAAGGUUCAAAUUCUUAUUUACUGAUUAUGGUGGAACUUUUCCCGCUUGAGGUGGUUGUCUUUUCAUCAUUAUACUCUGCUAAUCACGAUUGAAAUGUGAACGGUGUAAACAGUGGCAAAUAAGCUGAGCCGGUAGACUUUGGUGUUC